CAUGGCUGCGGCGCCGGGGCUGCUCUUCUGGCUGCUCCUGCUCGGGCAGCCCUGGCGGGUGCCGGGCCAACCGCACGCGGACACGAGCCGGCGCUUCGCGGAGCACAAACUGUGCGCGGACGAGGAGUGCAGCAUGUUAAUGUACCGGGGGGAGGCUCUAGAAGAUUUUACAGGUCCGGAUUGUCGUUUCGUGAGUUUUAAAAAAGGGGACCCAGUAUAUGUGUACUAUAAGCUGGCAGGGAGACCACCUGAAGUUUGGGCCGGAAGUGUGGGGCGUAUUUUUGGAUAUUUUCCAAGGGAUUUAAUCCAAGUAGUCUAUGAAUAUACUAAGGAGGAGCUACGGGUUCCAGCAGAUGAGACAGAUUUUGUUUGUUUUGAUGGGGGAAGAGAUGAUUUUGAUAAUUACAACAUAGAAGAACUUUUAGGAUUUUUGGAAUUAUACAGUUCUGUAACUGGAGAUUCUGAGAAAGGUAUAGAAAAACCUCAGCAUGGGGACACCCCUCCUGAAGCAUUUGAGGAAAGUGACAUUGAACCAGAACCAGAAGAAGUUAACUCAGAGGAGAGUGAAAGCGUCUUCUCAGAAAACGCUAAGGAACUCAAGGAAAGAUCUGGGGCUCAGAAGAACCACCCCCAUGUAAACAGUCAAGCAGGUCACGCUCAGGGAGACCCAACUUCAUUUGAACCUUUUGAGGAGAUGCUACAGGAUAAACUAAAAGUGCCAGAAAGUGAAAACAACAAAACCAGCAAUGGUUCUCAGGUCUCGAGUGAACAGGAGAAGAUCGAUGCUUAUAAACUUUUAAAAAAAGAAAUGACUCUGGACUUGAAAACCAAAUUUGGCUCCACUGCCGAUGCACUUGUAUCUGAUGAUGAGACAACCAGACUCGUUACUUCCUUAGAAGAUGAUUUGGAUGAGGAAUUGGACACUGAGUAUUACACAGUGGCCAAGGAGGAAGAGGAGAAUGAAGAGAACUUUGAUGAGCUGCUGUUACUGACCUUCACACAUGGCGAAGAAGAUGAAGAUGUGAGACCUCCAGCGAUGUCUGCAGUUGAGAACAAUUCAGUGGAUAGAGAGCAGAGUUCAGACGAAGAGGACAAGGUGGAGGCUGCUCAGCCCCCUGGCAUCAAAAACUAUGAGGAAAAUGUAGUAACAAACUGGGAGGAUAUUAUCCUCCCCUUCACAGACGGUGGCAGACAAACAGGUGUGGACUUAGGGAGCUCUGAUUCAGAGGAGGGUGAUGAUGCAUUUGUCCCAGGUAGCGAAUUGGGGAAAUCACAAUCAGCCACGGAUUCUAUUGACCCUAAAAAAGCAGAAGAUAGUCUUUUGACCGUGGAUGUCCCUAAAACAAAUAAUGACAAAGACCCGGAAAUUCACAUUACAGAAAAAGGGAGGAACGUUGAGGAAUCCAAGAGAGGCCUGGCACAGGCUGAGGAGGGGCUGGAGGGGCAAAAGCAGGAAGGCAUGACUUCUCACAGUUCUCCUCAGAGCAGCGACCCUGGCUCUUUGCCAGCUGCUGGAAGGGGUAGAGAAGUGUUGGCAUCAGCCUUUGACAACAAAGAAAAUGACCUAAAAGGAGCAGCUGUUCACAUUUCAAAAGGAAUGCUCCGUGAAGAAAAGCCUGGAGAGCAGAUUUUGGGAGGGGGCUCAGGACGUGAACCAAAACCUGAAGCUUCAGAGAGUCAAGUGAACGAGGAAAAGCCUGGACAGGCGGCUCUGGGUGUUGCACCACGGUUGGGAGGUCACCAGCGUAACACGUCCAGAGAUAAGGUGGAGGAAGUACCUGUUCUAGCAGGGGGACCUCAGCUGCACACGCUGUCAGUGGAACGUCCAAGUGAGGAAUUUAAAGAGGAACGGCGUCCUCAAACUCAGGAUCAGCCUAGACCCUCCCCUCUGGAUGAAGUCGGGUUGCCAAGAGAACUGGAAGAAGAGGGUCCCCUUGGGCGAAGAAAUCUUUCCCGGCCACAAGGAAAAGAGGUGGCCGCACACAAGCAGACAGGUGAGGAGAGGAGACUCUUGGGGGACAAGGCCCAGGAGGGCUCCUCUGGUGAAGAGGUUACUCCUUACAAGCCCGAAGCGGGCUCACAGGAAGUGGAGGCAACAGGCCAGACAGAGAGCCCGCAGGGACCUGGUGUCCAUACUGAGAGACCAGAGGCAGAGGGCGAUGACAGCCCCGAAGAGCUCCUGGAGGAUGAAAAUGCUCUAAGUGCAGAACAGUCUAAAGAAAAAAGCCCUGAGAUCCAGGGCGGGUGGUUAGACGUUAAUCCGCCGGCCCCCCCAGGGGCUGUUGUAGGCGCCAUUAAUCCUGAUGCAGAAAGGGAAGGAAGCAAAGAAGAAACUGGUAAUAUUUUGGAAAUUGACAGACAAAGUGAAACUCUGGGCAGUAGGGCAGACCCAGGGGGCGGGGCGGCGGAAACAGAAAGCCCUCCUGGAGCUCAGAAAGCACAGAGGGCCUCUGAGGGCAGGGACUCUCCUGACAAGAAAAAUCAGACUCUAGAGUUGGGUGAAAUGUUUCAGAAUCAAGGUACUGAUGAUUUUAAGGAAGACCGCGCUGACGAAUCCACGCGGAAGCCGGGGGUAGGAGAGCUCUCGGAGGAGGACCAGGAGGACUUUGAGGGGCUCGCGGACACACAGAGCCAGGGGACCGGCGCCGAGGAGCACGAAGGUGACCGGCCACCCCGGGCGCUGGGUGCACACACCCCGGCCCGCAGCGACGACGUGGAGGACCUGCCUGUCGUCGGCAGCUUCUUUAAAGACCAGCAGUCUCUACAGAGGCUCCGGAAGUACUUUGAUGUCCAUGAGCUGGAAGCCAUGUUCCACGAAAUGGCGUCAAGGCUGAAGUCCGCGCAGCAGGAGAGCCUGCCCUAUAACGUGGAAAAGGUCCUGGAUAAGGUCUUCCGAGCCUCCGAGUCCCACAUUCUGAGCACCGCGGAGAAAAUGCUGGACGCCCGUGUGACUGAGAGCAGAGAUCUGGGAAUGAAGGACAAUGACGUAUUUGAGGAGGCGGCGGUGCUGGACGAUAUUCAAGACCUGAUCUAUUUCGUCAGGUACAAACACUCGGCGCUGGAGGAGAAGGAACCCCCGACCACAGCCCAGCGCCCGCCCGAAGGCUGGGGCGGCUCCAUGGAAGGUAAAGUGCCCGCCUGUGAAGACAAUUUCCCACAAGAUAAUGCAGAGGACCUUAAAGUACAGAUUCUCAAAGAGCCCAGCCAGUUGGAUCAACCUGUGACUGGUGACAAGGGUGGCCCAGACGUGUCACAGGAGCCAAAUACUGAGAAAGACAUAGACCCAGGGAUAAUUACAACAGAAAGCAGUCCUGUUGAUGCUGUUGAUGCAAAAAAGCAACUAGAAACAAAUGCUGAAGAGCCAGCAAGUGUCACACCUUUGGAAAAUGCAAUUCUUUUAAUAUAUUCAUUCAUAUUUUAUUUAACUAAGACGUUAGUCGCAACAUUGCCUGAUGAUGUUCAGCCUGGGCCUGAUUUUUAUGGCUUGCCAUGGAAACCUGUACUUAUCACCGCCUUCUUGGGAAUUGGUUCAUUUGCCGUCUUCUUCUGGAGAACUGUCCUUGUUGUAAAGAGUAGAGUAUAUCAAGUUACUGAACAGCAGAUUGCUGCAAAGGUGAAGAAUAUCAUGAAAGAAAACGCAGAACUUGUACAAAAGUUGUCAAAUUACGAACAGAAGAUUAAGGAGUCAAAGAAACAUGUUCAAGAGACUAAGAAACAAAAUAUGAUUCUGUCUGAUGAAGCAAUUAAAUAUAAGGAUACAAUCAAGAAACUUGAAGAAACUAAUGAAAUUCUGGAUGAUACAGCUAAAAAUCUGCGUGUUAUGUUAGAAUCCGAGAGGGAACAGAAUGUCAAGAAUCAGGACUUGAUAUCGGAAAGCAAGAAAUCUAUAGAGAGGCUAAAGGAUGUCAUUUCAGUGAAUGCCUCAGAAUUUUCAGAGGUUCAGAUUGCGCUUAAUGAAGCCAAACUUAAUGAAGAGAAGGUGAAGUCUGAAUGCCACCGGAUUAAAGAGGAAAAUGCUAAGCUUAAGAAGAAGAAAGAACAGUUGCAGCAAGAAAUCAAAGACUGGAGCAAAUCACAUGCUGAGCUCAGUGACCAAAUCAAAGCAUUUGAGAAAUCUCAGAAAAAUUUGGAAGUAGCUCUUACUCACAAAGAUGAUAAUAUUAAUGCUUUGACUAACUGCAUUACCCAGUUGAAUCUGUUAGAUUGUGAAUCUGAGUCUGCGGGUCAGAAUAAAGGAGGAAGUGAGUUAGAUGAAUUAGCAAAUGGAGAAGUGGGAGGUGACCAGAGUGAGAAAGUGAAAAAUCAAAUUAAGCAGAUGAUGGACAUUUCUCGGACACAAACUGCAAUUUCAGUAGUUGAAGAGGAUCUAAAACUUCUACAAGUUAAGCUUAGAGCCUCGAUGUCUACUAAAUGUAACCUGGAAGACCAAAUAAAGAAAUUAGAAGAUGACCGCCAUUCACUGCAGUCAGCCAAAGCCGUCCUGGAGGAUGAAUGCCAAACCCUGAGGCAGAAAGUAGAGAUUCUGAAUGAGCUGUACCAGCAGAAGGAGACGGCGCUGCAGAAGAAACUGAGUCAGGAAGAGUAUGAGCGGCAGGAGAGAGAGCAGCGGCUGUCAGCUGCUGACGAGAAGGCGCUUCUGGCUGCGGAAGAAGUGAAAACUUACAAGCGCAGAAUUGAAGAGAUGGAGGAGGAACUGCUGAAGACAGAGCGCUCAUUCAAAACCCAGAUUGCUACUCAUGAGAAGAAAGCUCAUGAUAACUGGCUCAAAGCUCGUGCUGCAGAAAGAGCUAUCACUGAGGAGAAAAGGGAAGCCGCCAACUUGAGACACAAGUUACUGGAAUUAUCCCAGAAGAUGGCAGCGCUGCAAGAAGAGCCUGUGAUUGUGAAGCCGAGGCCAGGCAGGCCCAACACCCAGAACCCUCCAUGGAGAGGUCCUCUAAGCCAGAAUGGCUCUUUCGGUCCAUCUCCUGUGAGUGGGGGGGAGUGCUCCCCUCCACCGAUGGCUGACCCGCCGGCGAGGCCUCUGUCCGCUACGCUUAAUCGAAGAGAGAUGCCGAGAGGUGAAUUUGGGUCAAUGGAUGGACCUCUACCUCGUCCUCGAUGGUCAUCUGAGGCAUCUGGGAAACCCUCUGCCUCUGAUCCAGGAUCUGGUGUAGCUCCCAUGAUGAACAGCAGCUCGAGAGGCUCUUCCCCUACUAAGAUGAUGGAUGAAGGCAAGCAAACUGUUCCCCAAGACCCUGAAGGCCCUUCAGUUCCCAGCAGUACGUCUGUGGCUGAGCAGUCAGUAGUAGUGACUGUGGCUGCAAAAGGGCCCUCUCCUUUCCCAGGGGUGCCCCUUAUGAGCUCCCCCAUGGGAGGCCCUCUGCCACCACCCAUUCGAUAUGGACCACCUCCUCAACUCUGUGGGCCUUUCGGACCUCGGCCAGUUCCUCCACCAUUCGGUCCUCCUUUACGUCCACCACUGGGCUUAAGAGAAUACGCACCAGGCAUUCCUCCUGGAAGACGGGACAUGCCUCUUGAUCCUCGAGGAUUUUUACCGGGACACACACCUUUUAGACCUUUAGGCUCUCUUGGUCCAAGAGAGUACUUUAUUCCUGGUCCUCGACUACCGCCCCCUACUCAUGGGCCCCAGGAUUAUCCACCUCCACCUGCUGCAAGAGACUUACCACCUUCUGGCUCUAGAGAUGAGCCCCCACCUGCCUCUCAGAGCAGUAGCCAGGACUGUUCACAGGCUUUAAAACAGAGCCCGUAACUCUGACGUCUGACAUUUAGUCUGAGAAAGUGAACUGUGAACCAUUUGUUAGAGUAAAGGAUUUCAUUGGCUUCAGAAUCCAAAAGUUUAUUUUAAAAGGUUUGUUUUUAGAAUUAAGCUGCCCUGGCAGUAUGCAUUUUUGAGCCAAACAAUUGAAAAAUAUAAUUUCCCCCCUAAAUAAAAACCACCUCAUAAGCUAGAAUCUCCUUACAACUUUGAAAUGUGCAAUAAGGAAUACCUGUGUUUUAGUUAAUAUAGCGUAUGUAACUGCUAAAUGAUUUAGAAUGUCAUAGAAAUAUGAACAUUUCCUGUGGAAAUGCUAGAAGAACAUGUAUUUCCAUUUAUUACCCUAUUUUUAGUGUAUACCAGUUGAACACAGAGCAAUGGUGUUUAUUAGCUUGGUUUUUUAAAAUACUGGUCGCAAAGACUGUUACGCUAAAAACGUUUACUAAAAGAUCACUUUGUCUCCCUUCUUUGUAGUAAUAGUUCAUAAAAAUUUGGUUAUUACAAGCG